AUGUUUCCAACGGCGGACACUGAAGAUAUAUCACAGGUCACGUCAUUAAAUCGAGGUAAAUCGAGUCCUGCUAGCGAUGAGCGAGAAUCCGCUGAAAGCUCUCAAGUGGCAUUACAAAGUAAUAAUAGGGAGUUAACCCUCAACAUGCUCAUCAAAGAAGUUGUGUUUUGCAUCGCUCUAGCUCUAACAACCUACGGAGCUCUGCACAAUACACCUUCCAAAGUAUCAAAAUUUCCUCAGGCUGUGAGAUUCUUUGACUCUGACUCCGUUGUGAAAGAUUGGCAUAAGGGUCAGUUAAGCAAUGCACUGGCUACUAUUAAUUUAGAGGAUUUAUCAUUUGUAAUGUAUUAUGCUCCAUGGGAUGCAGAGUCACAAUAUGUUCGAGGUGAAUUUGACAAAGCGGCAAAUAUUUUAAGAGAUAGAGUACAUUUUUCGGCUAUUAACUGCUGGAAUCCUGGUAGUGAAUGUAGAUUACAGCAUAAUAAAAUUCCAUCAUGGCCUAUACUAAUGGCCUACACUGUCACUUCAAGAGGUGUCUUAUACAAAGGACCAAGAAAUGCUGAAAGUAUGGUCAAGUUUUUGGAGUUGCUAAUGAGACCUCUUGAAAAAGUUUCUAAUACAGAAGAUCUAGUUUACUUAUUGUCGACAUGUGACACUGUUGCAUUGGGAUUUACUCCAUUUACUGAUACUUCAAGAUAUUACAAUGUAUGGUACAAUGUUGCUCUCAAGUCUCGUGAGUUCGAUAUUGUCGGUGAAAUAUGCUUUGCUGUAGUUACAUCGAAGGAUUUGGCAAUGGAUUUAGGAGUUGAAAGAGUUCCAAAUGUAAGAUUAAUGCUGUGGAAUGAUACUAAGGACUACAAACCAGAAGAUAAUAAUCUGUCAUGGAAUGACACAUACAUAAUGCACUGGGUGUUGCAAAACUUUGUUCAACCAGUCACUAGAAUCAUACCAUUGUGGCAGAAGAGUUACAGUUUCGAGAGGUAUGCUGACGGCAAACCAAUAUUGAUUCUGUUUACACCAUUAAAUCCUCUUUAUGAACAGUUACCAUCAUAUGCACUGUUGCGAGAAGUAGCAAUGGAGUAUUAUAAUUGUAAAAAUAAUGAAAGUAAUCAAUGGACUGCAGAAUUAAUAAAACUACAACAAGUACAAAGGUUGCUAUAUCAGCAAAAGAAUUUUUUGAAAUUCUGCCGAGAAUAUAAAUUCAAAAACCCAGUUAAAAAACUCAGUCCCUUAUCUAAAAGAGAGCUUUUUAUAUCUCAAAAUAAGUAUCUAUGGAAUAAUAUGACGCAAAAGAAUAAAAAGAGUGGAAUAUUUAAUUUUUUAAACAAUAGAUUGACCUCAAAGACAUUUGACAGUUCCAAUAAUAACAUGUGGUCUAUGUUAGGCUUCCUGGAGCAAUGCGGGUUAAGUAAAUCUUUACCUGCUGAAAAAAGUUUCUAUGAAACAUAUGAGAGGUGUCAUUCGAUGGAAGAUCAGUUAAAUGAUACUGAGGAAGAAGAUAAUAAUAUGAUGAGAGUAGAAACCACAAUGUUACCAUAUGAAGAUGAUCCCUUGUCUGCUGAAAAUCUUAUGCAAGAUAAUGUUAAACACUUUUGCCGAUUAAUGAAAUUUGCCAACAAAUUGAGUCCUCCUGUUUCCCCCUCAAGAGUAACAAGCGGAAAUAUAACUCAUUUACAUGGUCUUGCGUGUCAAGCAAAUAGUACAUUAUAUAUGAUGGCAAUUGAUAGUGUUUUAAACUAUCAUUUUGCAGAGGCUCUUGGUAUUGAUAUUAAAAAUAAAACUAAUAUGACUGCUGUAGUAAUUUUAGACAGUAAGUACGAAAGUCAAUACGUCAUGAAAGAGGAUUACAGUGCCAAAUCACUGAGAGACUUUAUUUAUAAUUUCACAAAGAAGAAUUUGAAGCGCACUCUACGCUCGUACGUGGAGGAUGCGAAAAAUACACAUUUCUUUGGUGCAACUGGCAACACGCAGGAGGAAGAUAGAAAUACAACAACGGUUCAUAUAACUGACCUCACCACUCGUACUUUCAAAAAAUUUGUUAAGACUCCAGGAACGACGGCGCUGGUGGCGCUGUGCGGCGGCGCGUGCGCGGCGCGCGUGUCGGCGGCGCUGGCGGCGGCGGCGCGCGUGCUGCGCGCGUGCGGCGUGCGCGCCCGCGCCGCGCGCCUUGACGCGCUGCGCCACGACCUGCCCUGGCACUACACCGCGACCCGCUACCCCGCGCUGCUCGUCUUCUCCGCCGGACGCGGCGCGGCGGAGGCGGAGAGCCGCGCGCUGCCGGGCGGCGAGCGCGUGUCGGGCGGCGCGCUGCUGGCGCUGGCGCUGCGCUCGCUGCGCGCGCCGCACCAGCUGCGCGUGCGCCUCGCGCUCUGCGCGCACCCACGGACCAUGAUGGAGAAGCGAGCCUGUUUGAAAGACAUGAGAAAUCACAUAGAAAGUGUGAUUGGUAGAAAUUUGAAGUAUUGGCGCCGAACCGACGUCCAGGAUCUCAAGACUGCAUUAUUAAAAAGACUGCAGCAUUUGCAACAAGUCUCAUUGUACAUGAACCUACUUCACGUCACAGAUCUCGGUGAAGACAAUGCGACGCAGGAGCUAUUGUUGAAAUCCCUCAACAAUAUGUCCACGGACUGGGACAUCGACGAGUCUAUUUUAAGGAAAAAUGUCAUUCCAUCACCGAUUAACAGAUGAUAUUAGCUAUAUCCUGUAUAUGACUUAUUUAUUAUAUUGCUCAUUUUAUAUUUGUCUAAAUAUGUUGUUUAUUUUUAGAACCCAAAGUGUUAUAAAAGUGUUGCGAAAAACAA